GACCUCGCCAUUCACCAAAUGCCGCUUUCAUGCUGCGAUCGAGCGAAUUGCAACUGAACAACUCUUCCGAAACACAUGCAUGGAGUAGGUGUGGUUCUAUUUCCAACUCCCUGGUUGAAUAUACUUUUAUAUAUACCAGCUGUAUGAUAAACCGGGUUUACCGUUCACUGAGGUUAUCUCUCGGCUAUGAUCAUGAUGAUAAACUAGGCUCACUCGCAGUAUACAGUGCCGGGAUCAUUUUGUGUUUCGUCGUUCUAGAGUUCUGAAGUUCUGGAGUGGCUUCCCAAAGCAUAUAUAGUGUUAGGAGCAGUAUCAGAGUACGACGACCUUAAUUAAUUUUUUUUUGACUCGGUUAUAAUCUGAAGUUUGUACCACCGAAACAUCGUCUUCUCCCGGGUCACAUCCAAGGUUGUAUUCUCGGAGUUUUCGAGCACCAUGGCAGAUGAGAAGAUCAACCCAAGCGCGCGAAAGAAAGUGGAUCUUGAUCGGCAGUCUAUCGUGCUAGAUGGAGAUGAGCGCAUCCACGUCUCCUCUCUUUGUGACUUUGGUAACAAAGAAUAUACCAUCAGCAAGCUCUACGAUGACGUCACAACAUAUUAUGAAGGAUUCUUAAGAGGAGAAAGGGUAUCAAAUGAUGGCCCGUGUCUGGGGUACAGACCAGACGGAGAUUCACCAUACAAAUGGAUGUCAUAUAGUCAGGUCCGCAGGAAAGCCCAUUACUUCGGAUCAGCCUUGGUGGAAAAGGGGUUCACCGCUACAAAUGAUUCAAUGAUCGGAAUAUUCAGUCAAAAUCGACCUGAGUGGGUGAUUUCUGACCUCGGAUGCAUGGCUUUUAGUAUGGUUACCGUACCACUCUACAGCACACUAGGACCGAAAGGAUACGAGUACAUUAUCAAUCUCACUGAUAUCAAACUGAUUGUGGUGGAUGAUAUGGAGAAAGCUUCGAGCUUGCUGAGUCAAAUCGACAAGCUGCCUACAUUGAAGCAUAUCGUCAUCAUGGAUUCACCAAUCAGCGACGAGGUCAACGACCAGGCGAGAAAAGCAAACAUAGCCGUGGUUACUUUUGAUGAGAUGCUGACACUGGGAGAAAACAACCCUCACGAUCCACAGCCUUGUAAACCAGAUGAUUUGGCCCUCAUUCGAUUCACAAGCGGAACCACAGGUGUUCCAAAGGGAGCCAUGACAACACACAAGGGUAUAGUUGCAAAUGUUUCCGCCAUUUAUUCCUCGAUUAUUCGUUUCCACUCGUGUGCACCUGGAUCUGUGUCAAUAUCAUACCUUCCUCUGGCUCACGCGUAUGAACAUACACUCGACGGGAUGCUGUUUCUACACGGUUGUUCAAUAGGGUUCUUCCGUGGUGAUGUGAAAACAUUAGUCAAUGAUAUGCAGGUCUUGAAACCCGAUAUCUUUCCAAGUGUUCCUCGUCUGGCAAACAAGCUGUAUGAUAAGAUCAUGGGUGGAGUCAAUUCGUCAUCUUUCAUCAAACGAAGUCUCUUUAACCUAGCUUACCGAUUGAAAUUGGGAGAUGCGAUGAGAGGAAUCUUCAGAAGAGAUACAUGGUGUGACUAUCUUGUCUUCAGUAAGGUUCAGGCAUUGCUUGGAGGCAACGUCACGUGGAUGAUCACCGGAAGUGCACCCAUUGCCCCGGAAGCACUCGAGUUUUUCCGGGUUGUCUUUGGUGUUCAAAUAUGUGAAGCCUACGGGCAGACAGAGUGUGUCGCAGGAGCUGCUUGUACUGUUCCCGGUGAGACUGUUGCAGGUCACGUUGGUUGUCCUAUUCCCUGUAACAUGAUGAAGGUUGUUGAUGUCCCAGAGAUGGGCUAUUAUGCUGCCAAUGACAAAGGAGAAGUUUGCGUCAAAGGUCCGAACGUCUUUAAAGGAUACUACAAGAAUAAGGAGAAAACGGACGAGGCACUCGAUGCUGAUGGCUGGCUUCAUACAGGGGAUAUUGGACAGUGGCUGCCGAACGGAACGCUCAAGAUCAUUGACCGUAAGAAGCACAUCUACAAGCUUGCACAGGGAGAGUAUGUUGCCCCAGAGAAGAUUGAGACAGUCAUUACCAGGAGUGGCCUGAUAGCACAGGCAUUUGUCUAUGGGGAGAGUCUGAAGUCUUCAAAUGUGGCUAUCAUCGUACCGGACGAGGAUCAAAUACAGAAGUACGCCGAUGCAAACCACAUCAGUGGCUCCAUCGAAGAUCUAUGCAAAAACCAGAAAAUACGAGAUGCUAUCAGAACUGAACUUUCAAACGUUAGCAAUGCAGGAAACUUGUGUGGAUUCGAGAAGGUGAGAGAAUUUUCCCUACAGCCUGAACAAUUCAGCAUCGAAAACGGUCUCCUGACUCCCACCAUGAAGAACAAACGGGUUGCCAUCAAAGAGAGAUACCAGGCAGAAAUCGAUGACAUGUAUUCCAGAGUACAGUAGUCUUUCUUAUUAUGACGUCAUCACGAUGGUGCUGAUCCGGUGUAAUGUAACACGACUUAAUAGCAGUGUAUUCCAAACAGCUUAGAACGAACACCUUGACUGUAUAUUCAGGAAAACGUGUUUUGGUACAUGGAUGCUGGUAAUGGGGUAUCUCAGAGAAACUGAACACAAGACCUUUGGCUUUGUGUUAAUCAAUAAAAGGAUCGAGUGUCAUAUUUGCUACUUCUUGGUUUUAGCAUUAAAGGACAAGUCCACCCCAAUAAAAACUUGAUUUGAAUAAAAAGAGAAAAAUUAAACAAGCACUGAAAAUUU